AUGCCCGAGGCUCUUCUGUCAACCGUUGUGCUCGACGACGACAUCUCCGAGGACGGGCCGCUGCUCGACGGAGCCUCUUCCUCAACCGAGAUCCCCGACCUAGACGCCGACGAGAACUCGCCCAACGAAGCCGUGCGAGCCUCCGUGUCACCAAUUGACGAUACGACUCUAUCUAUAAACACGCCGCGCAUGUGGUGCUUGUCCAUACUCUUCUCCAUCCUUGGCUCCUCCACCAAUUUGUUUUUUUCUUUGAGAUACCCCAGCGUUGCCAUUACUCCCGUCAUUGCGCUGUUACUCGUCCACCCUCUAGGCCAUUUAUGGGAUUAUUUGUUGAAGCGGUCGUACGACCCCGAGGAGGAAUUCACAGACGGUGUACGGACCGCCAUCUCAUCGCAUAGCCAUGACGGCCAUGGUCAGAAGAAGCGACUCGACUCUCUACGUCUAUGGCUAGCCCAGGGCAGGUGGAACGAAAAGGAGCACACAUGUGUUUAUGUGAGCAGCAAUGUUGCUUUUGGCUUUGCCUUCGCCACGGACGUCAUUGUCGAGCAGACACAAUUCUACAACCAAGAGGCGCCCAUUGCCUACCAGCUGCUCUUGACGAUAUCGACGCAGAUUCUUGGUUAUGGCUUCGCGGGAAUGGCUCGCCGCUUCCUGGUUCGCCCCAGCGGCAUGGUGUGGCCCGGCACUCUCAUGUCCGCCGCCAUGUUUUCCACUCUCCAUAAGCAAGAGAACAAGCCGGCCAAUGGCUGGACUAUCAGCCGCUGGAAGUUCUUCUACAUCAUCUGGGUUUGCGCCUCCAUCUUUUACUUCCUACCGGGUCUCCUGAUGCCCGCUCUCAGUUACUUCAACGUCAUUACCUGGUUUGCGCCCAAGAGUGUCGUUCUCGCAAACUUGUUCGGUGUAUCCUCUGGUCUUGGUCUCUUUCCCAUGACCUUUGACUGGGCCCAAAUCACAUACGUUGGCUCACCUCUCUUGGUACCUUUUUGGGCUGCCAUGAAUGUCGUUGGCGGUCUAGCCAUCGUCAUGUGGAUCAUAGCACCACUGUUCUAUUACAGCAAUGUGCUCUACUCCUCUUAUAUGCCCAUCCUUUCUACGGCCGUCUUCGACAACACGGGAAAAGUCUACGACGUCAGCAAAAUCCUCACUCCGGACUUUCUCUUCGAUCGGGAAGCAUACUCAAACUAUAGCCGCGUGUUCCUGCCAGUCACGUAUAUGCUCAGCUACGGCGUUCAGUUCGCCGGCCUCGCUGCUCUCUUGACGCAUACCCUAUGCUGGCACGGCCAAGACAUCUGGCACACAUGGAAGAAAUCGCUAGUAGAGGCGAGAGGACAAGGCAAGGAAGGCUAUCAACAAGUCUCUGACUCCCCCGAUCCUUCAUCAGCAACCGCCGCACAGCCAGAAGGGACUCCCCGUGUGUCAAUGUCGGGAUCCCAUAUCGAAGGCCUCAUGAGCCACGAGGAUAUUCACAGUCGCCUUAUGAAGCGCUAUAAAGAUGCCCCCAUUAGCUGGUACUUUGCCACCUUUGUCUCCAUGGCAGCCAUUGGCAUCUUUGUCGUUGAAUACUAUCCCGUUCACCUCCCCUGGUACGGCCUUCUCCUUGCCCUGGCGAUUGGCGCCAUCUUCUUCAUUCCCAACGGCAUCAUCAUGGCCAUCACCAACCAGCAUAGUAGCAUCUACCUCAUCUGCCAGCUCAUCUGCGGCGUCGCCUUCCCCGGCCGCCCCAUCGCCAACAUGGUCUUCGUCACCUACGGCUACAUCUCCUCCGCCCAGGGCAUCAAGUUCGCCUCCGACCUCAAGCUCGGCCACUACAUGAAGAUCCCGCCGCGCAUCAUGUUCUCCGUCCAGAUCGUCGCCACGCUCGUCUCCUCCGUCACCCAGAUCGGCGUCCUCAACUGGAUGUUUGCCAACGUCAGGGGCAUCUGCACCCCCGAGGCCGUCAACGGCUUCACCUGCCCCAUCGCCCGCGUCCACUUCAACGGCUCCAUCCUCUGGGGCGUCGUCGGGCCUGGCGAGUUCUUCGGCGCCCGCGCGAUAUACCGCUCCCUCGUAUGGUGCUUCCCGCUCGGCGCAAUCCUGCCCAUCCCCCUCUGGCUCUACUCCCGCCACAAGAAGCACAGCCUCUUCCGAAAGGUCAACCUCCCCGUCAUCUUCGGCGCCAUGGGCUGGAUCCCGCCCGCCACGGGUCUCAACUUCUCCGUCUGGGCCCUCGUCUGCUUCUUCUUCAACUACCUCAUCAAGCGCCGCGCGAACGCCUGGUGGGGAAAAUAUACAAUGACCCUCAGCGCCGCCCUCGACUCGGGCCUCGCGUUCGGCAUCGUCAUUGUCUUCUUCGUCUUCAUAUACCCGGGCUGGAUGAAGGGCUUCAGCUGGUGGGGCACCGAAGUGUACAAGCAGGGCUGUGACUGGCAGGCUUGCUCGUUUAGAACCGUUGAGGACGGAGAGCACUUUGGACCUGAGUCCUGGUGA